GUGGAGCCAGAGCAUGGGUCCCCCGAGGUUGUGGAGCGGUUGAGCCCAGGCCCGGGGCCGGCGGCACGCUGGAGGCGCUGCGGCGGCACUCGCGGCAGAUCGCCGCGCGACGCGUGCGCCGGGUACAGUUCACGGAACGGGAACGAGAUGGCGCGCGCGGAGACGGCGCAGAAAGCGGCGGGUCGGAGAUGUCGGGCGGCAGCGGCGGGGCGGACCGGCGGCCGUCCACCUGCCGCGUCGAGAUGGGGAACUUGCUGGCGCCGGAGCCGCGGCCGCUUGACAAUAAGGUCAAGCGGCACAGUAUCCACGGGAUGACAGAGGAGGAGAACGUGGUGCGUCCGCACCAAGAGAUGGCGGUGCUGUCGCUGGAUGAGAAGAAGUACCUCCUCGGGGUGGAGCGCGGCGACGUGGCGGGCACCCGGCGCGUGCUGCUGCGCGCCAGAGAGACCCAGCACAUUAACGUUGACUGCGUGGAUCCUCUGGGAAGGUCCGCGCUGCUGAUGGCUAUCGAUAACGAGAACCUGGAGAUGGUGGAACUGCUGCUGGAGUUCGGCGUGGAGACGCGCGACGCGCUGCUGCACGCCAUCUCCGAGGAGUUCGUCGAGGCCGUGGAGGCGCUGCUGGACCACGAGGAGCGGUGCACCAAGCCUGGGGAACUGCAUAGCUGGGAAGCGCUGCCACCGGAGACGGCGACGUUCACGCCCGACAUCACGCCUCUCAUCCUGGCGGCGCACCGCGACAGCUACGAGAUCAUCAAGUUGCUGUUGGACCGCGGCGCCGCGCUGCCCGUGCCGCACGACGUGCGCUGCGGCUGUGACGAGUGCGUGCGCUCGCGGCGCGAGGACUCACUACGUCACUCCCGUUCUCGCAUCAACGCGUACCGCGCGCUCGCGUCGCCGAGCCUCAUAGCGCUGUCGUCCAAAGACCCAAUACUCACGGCGUUUGAACUGUCGUGGGAGCUACGCCGGUUGUCAGCGCUCGAGCACGAGUUCAAGACUGAAUAUCAGGAGCUGCGCGCGCAGUGCCAGGAGUUCGCGACCGCGCUGCUGGACCACACGCGCACCUCGCACGAGCUGCAAGUGCUGCUGAACCACGAGACGGGCGCCGCCACCCCGCCGCUAGCCGAGCCCGGCGCGCCGGAGCGCAUGCGCCUGUCGCGCCUCAAGCUGGCCAUCAAGCUGCGCCAGAAGAAGUUCGUAGCGCACCCGAACGUGCAGCAGCUGCUAGCCUCGAUCUGGUACGAGAGCGUGCCCGGCUUCCGGCGCAAGAACAUGCUGCUGCAGGCGUUGGAGAUGGCGCGCAUCGGCGCCAUGUUCCCGCUGCACGCGCUGGCGUACGUGGCCGCGCCGCACUCCGCGCCCGGCCGCACGCUGCGCAAGCCCUUCAUCAAGUUCCUGUGCCACUCCGCCAGCUACUUCAUGUUCCUGUUUUUAUUAAUCCUGGCGUCUCAGCGCAUCGAGACAGCAACGAUGGGGAUAGGGUGGGAACGAACCAAUCAAGGCCAGCCGCCAGUGUCCCGCCGGGGGGCGCCGCCCUCGCUCGUGGAGUGGCUCAUCCUCGCCUGGGUCAGCGGCUUGAUCUGGAGCGAGGUGAAGCAGCUGUGGGACAUGGGGCUGCGCGAGUACGUGCACGACAUGUGGAACGUCAUCGACUUCGUCACCAACUCGCUGUACGUCGCCACCGUCGCGCUUAGGAUCGUCUCGCACUUUCAGGUGCGACGAGAGAUGGCACAGGGUCUACAGUGGAACCAGCCCCGCGAAAAGUGGGACGCGUGGGACCCCAUGCUGCUCUCCGAGGGGCUGUUCUCCGCCGCCAACAUCUUCAGCAGCCUCAAGCUGGUUUACAUCUUCAGCGUCAACCCGCACCUGGGCCCGCUGCAGGUCUCGCUGAGCCGCAUGGUCCUGGAUAUCCUCAAGUUCUUCGUGCUUGAUAUACUUGUCAUCUUUGCUUUCUCGUGCGGGCUGAACCAGCUGUUGUGGUACUACGCGGACAUGGAGAAGAAGCGCUGUGUGACCACUCCAAGCAGCGCCAACGGCACCAUCCCUGAUCCUGAUGCCUGCAUCGUGUGGCGGCGGUUUGCCAAUUUAUUCGAAACGAUGCAGACUCUGUUCUGGGCGGCAUUCGGCCUCGUGGACCUGGACUCGUUCGAGCUGGACGGCAUCAAGAUCUUCACGCGCUUCUGGGGCAUGCUGAUGUUCGGCACGUACGCCGUCAUCAACGUCAUCGUGCUGCUGAACCUGCUCAUUGCUAUGAUGAAUCACUCAUACCAACUCAUCUCCGAGCGCGCUGACGUGGAGUGGAAGUUCGCGCGCAGCAAGCUGUGGAUCAGCUACUUCGAGGAGGGCGGCACGGUGCCGCCGCCGUUCAACGUGGUGCCGUCGCCCAAGUCGCUGCUGUACGCGUGGCGCUGGCUGCAGCGCCGCAUGUGCGGACACGCGCGCGCCAAGCGCGAGCACAUGCGGACCAUCAGGAGAAAGGCAAAGCAAGCCAACGAACGCGAUUUCCGUUACCAGGCGAUAAUGCGUAACCUGGUGCGUCGUUACGUGACCGUGCAGCAGCGGCGUGCCGAGUGCGGUGGCGUGACCGAGGACGACGUCAACGAGAUCAAGCAGGACGUGUCCGCCUUCCGCUGCGAGCUGGUCGAGAUCCUGCGCAACUCCGGCAUGAACACGUCCACCGCCAAUGCGGGUGCGCCCGGGGGCGGCGGCGGCAAGAAGAACCGGCAGAAGGAGCGGCGGCUGAUGAAGGGCUUCAACAUCACGGCGCCGGGCGGGUCGCUGGCGCCCGUGGACGAGUUCCUGGCGUCGCUGCAUCACGAGCACGGGUCGCACUCGCAGCUGUCGCAGCUGCUGGGCGGGCGCCUGCGCGCCAGCCAGUCCAGCCUGAGCGACGCGGCGCCGGCGCCCGGGCGCCGCAAGCCGCCGCACAAGCGCCGCUGGGGCACCAUCAUCGAGGCGGCGCGCGCCGCGCGCGUCUCGCGCCUCAUCGGCCGCUCCCGCUCCGAGGACUCCGUCUGCGACCAUAACCGACAAUCGCCCAGUGGCAGCGAGCGAUCGGAGUCGGGCAGCGACUCGCAGCGCAGCGAGCGGCGCGCGGGCGGCCCGCUGCACCCGCUCACCGCCCUCGCCGCGCUCAAGCGCAAGCGGAAGAAGUUCUCGGACUCGCGGCGGCAAGCGGAGGAACGGGAUCGUCCGGCGGCGGAGGCGCUGCAGCGCGCGAGCUCGGUGCCGGCGCGCGCGCCGCCCACGCCGCCGCCGGCGCGCGCGCCGCCGCCGCCGCCCGCCGACGCGCCCGGCCGCGGCGGCUCCCGGGAGCCGCUGCUCGCCAGCAUCGACGACGACGCCAAUAAGGUAUGUACCUUCUGUAUGUCACAGUGCGGCUGCGCCGAGACGACGGGGAUCGCGCCGCGGCCGAGCGGCGGCGGCGGCGGCAGCGGCGGCGGUGCGCCGUGCGGCCGCUGCGCCGCGCUCGCCAAGCUGGCCGGCGUCACGCCGCUGCACGGACACGCGCCGCACCACUCCGCCGGCUGGCUCUAACGACACAUAGUUCAUGCAGUUGUCGGAUCCGGCCCGGGCCAAAGAACAUACGAUCCGGCCUGCGAAAAACGAGGCAGGAGCCUGGCCCUCGGCCUCGGGUCAAAUCCUUGGCUCACUGUAAACUUGUAACAUCGCGUAUUAUCCUAAUAGUCUCGUCUUGAAGACGUCACAGUUCUGGUUUAGAUCAGGAAACUAAGGCGGCUGUCUGCGAUAAGCGAGUAGCAAUCGACUAUUCUUCGUGCAGACCUGCGUGUAGAUGUAGAUCCCGGUUGAUAUUAAUGGGGUUGGCAACUGUCAAAGGUUUGCAGAGAUGGCGCCAUCAUAGCUUGCCCCUUUUUCUAUGAGAUUUGGCUUAAAGGGCUGACAUCCAGGGCAUUAAAAAAAACAAAAAUUUGACACAAUUGUAGGGAUUGACAGGGCAAGCUAUGCUGGCGCCAUCUGCUAAUUAUUUCGACCGGCCAACCCCAUUGCCGAUGAUAGCUGUGGCUAUUUACGCUGCCAGUAUAAAGUAAGUACUGAGCGCCCUUUACCUAUUUCAUGCCAAACCCUCACAAAGAAAGUCAUUCACUGCUACUCGCUGAUCGCCGCUAUUUAUUAAGAUACGCUUAAAGUAAUCUACAUUAUACCAUGAGUCCAUGACAUUAUCAAAACGCAUUAUUAAGAAAAUUCACCAGAAGGGUCGAAGGAAAAAGGAUCAGGUCAAUUUAUAACAUUAGUUACCUACUUAACACAUAAUUGAAUUUUUACGUUAUUUAUGCUUACAUUGAAAGUGCAAAUGCGUCACAUAGUGGCGAGACUAAGAACUAACAAAAUAAAAGUUACAGGAUUUUUAAAUAUGAAACUUGGCACUUAUGUGGCCCGCCAAACCGCCUAGCGGGCGCCUAUAGGUAAUGCAUGGUUUUUGGAGUACCUACUGUUUAUUUUUUUACCUGACAAUGGAUGUGCUAAGUUGUUUAUAGACAACUAUAUUCUGGCACGCCAACUUUGUCAAUAGAAAAAGCGCGAAAUAAAAAAAUUGUGUCAGAGAUCGAUCCUUCAAAUAUCAAUUUUCAAAUUUGCUGAAACAGCAGGUUUUUCUACUGAGAAAGCUGGCUUGCCAGAGUUAAAUACCUACUCGUAUGUGCGGGAUGAAAACUAAAAUGCAAAAACAGACAGUGAAAAGAAAAUAAUGAAAGUUACUCCGUACUUAUACAUAUACAGGGAUGUUGCGGAUGCCGAUUUUUAGACAUUCGCGGAUGCGGAUUUUUAAAGGCUCACAUCCGCAGAUGCGGAUGCGGAUGUCGAGAUUAGGCACAUAAAAAACGUCAAAUAUUACACUUUAGUAAUUUUUAUUUAAAAAAAAAACGAAACAUAGUAUUUGAACAAGAAUAUAGGUGCCCCACAAUCGCAUUACUAUACCAAAGAUAGAUAUAACUCCGUAAUAGAUGGAUACAGUCUAAGGAAAAAACGUGCCUCGAAAAUCACGAAAAUUUGAUUCUCGAUCAGAUGGCGCCACUAGUUUUGGCCUACACUCGUAUAGAGGGCGUUGACUGUUUCGUUUGUUAUUUAUAAUUUUAACGCAUACCAGUGAAAGAACAUGGGUCAAAAUCAUAUAAAAAUAAUUAAUGCAAAUAAAAAAAUCAUUUAUCCAUAUUUAAAUACAUUUUAUCGUAUUUUUAUAAAUAUUUAUUUUUAGUUUUAAAGUGUGUCGACAGAUGGCAGUGAAUUUACUGGGGUUACAAAAUUUACUAUGACAGUACCGCUCUAGUAUAAGUUACUCUAUGACUAUACUAAAGUCCAAAUAAAAUAAUCUUUUCACUUCUUGUCGCUGUCCGUCAUAGGCUAAAGUGCUCGAUCGACGAAUCACAAAAACGAAACGAGAUUCCUAUUGCGCCGCCGCUAAGACGUUCCUGACCUACCUGUUCCACAUCCGCAUCCGUUUAAGUUACGCAUCGAUUUUAUGCGGAUGCAGGUGGGGAUGUUAAAAAUAAUGCGGAAGUUCCGCGGUUGCGGAUGCGGAUACGAAUAUUCGCAGCAUCCCUGCUUUAUACUUUUCUGCACAAAUAUUAAUAAUAAGGCUUACGGUAAAGUGUUCGUAUAUGUACAAUAAUCUUUGUAAAAACUACAGUCCAAUACUUACUGGUCGCUGGAAAACAGACACACAAUGAAAUCACAACGAUAAUAGUACUUAAAUAAAUAGUGAAAAUGACCAAUAAGUAAUUUUUGAUAUUCAAUCCAGAACGAACACAGCAAUAUAAGAGGCCUAAAUAGAACGAAGUAGGUAUAUUUAUCAUAUCGCACAGCCUCAUCGUCGGGAAUCUAAUCUUCAGUAGCCCUUAUGAGAGGGAAUAAACUCUUAAGAUUACCUACGAUUGAGACAAUGAACAAUCGCUAGGUCGUUAUUUAAAUCCCGAUUGAGAGGCUGGAAGGAGUAGUCAUAUUUAAAUGUAAAUAGUUAGUAGAUAGCGAAAGUGAAUCGAGCUAUGCACAGCGAGAAUUUUAAAGCAAACUGUUAAACGGAGCCAGAUAAAAUUGAGUAAAUCUGGUGCCGAGAAUGGCAGUACGAUCAGACUGGUCGAACUGCCAUUCUCGCCCAGAUCUCGGGUCAAAAUUUACUAGUUUGCUUGGUCUCGUGAAUUGAGAUGGCCGUCCAUAUGGCAGGACUCGUCGUUGUAAGUGUGGAGGUCGCCUCGCGGCACGCACAACUCUCAUAAACGUUUAAAUUUUACAACAUACUCGUAGCCUUAAGUAGGAACCUUCCUUAACUUUAACCAUGACAACGUUACCUAAUAUCAAACACCAAUUAGGAUAAGUAGGUACAAAUGAAAUUAUAACAUAAUUAAUGAAAUAAAUAUAGUCAACUAUUUAUUUAUACACCUACGGGUCGCAGUUUAAAAUAAGUCGAUAGUAAGUUAUCAAAUACAAUGAUGUGUUCCAGAAAGUUUUCCAGUAAUCAUUUAUGCUGUUCUGUCGGCGCACACUCACUAAUAUAAGGUUAAUCGAACAAGAAUAAGCAGGGAUUUUUAAGUGAAUGUUUUUCCCAUUUUUAUGUACUUGUUUACACGCAGGCUAGACACGACGGCUAAGCAAAGCUAGGCUAGGCUAGGCUAAGUAAAUAGGUCGAACACCAAUGUUGGAUGACUAUAAAUAUAAAAUAUCGCUGUAAGUCUUGAUGUAAUUAGUUGAAUGUUCUGCUGUAGUAGUGUCGAUGUCGACAAGGCAGGCUCACGCGGCACCGAAUAAUAAGCCUCUUGAAAAGUGGGCUUGGUCACGAAAAUCAUUGUUGAAAUCAUGGCUGUAGUCAUUGGCGUAACUCAUUACAGUUCCCCUAAAAUGUAAUGUUACCUGUUUUAAAAUGUGAAAUAAUUGUGAAGUUCCAGUCUUUGAUGGCGUGCCCGUAUAAGCGCUGUUUAGCGGUACCCUAAGUCGACACUGAAUAGCUAAAGACCACACUAGCGCACUUUCAUGUUCAUCUUGCGUCGUUCUCUAACAGCGAUUCAUUUCGUGGACUUGCGUAGUAUGGUGAUGGUGUCACUUUCGUUUGCCGAAUAAAGGACAGAAAUGCAUCACUGUUAGAGCGACUCCGCGUAAACAAGCCACGGUGUGUGCAAUUUGACAAAACACACGCGGUUAAAUAGUAAAACGAUUUGAAAUGUGAAGAAGCAAGACGUGAAAUGUGAAUGUGCACAGUAGGCAUAUUAGUUAGUGUUGGUAAGACACGGUCUUUCUGGUCCUUGCAUUUAAGACUCCCCUAAUUUGUAGUCAAAGCUCGAGUGGUUACAAACGUCUGCAAAGAAUCGAGUUCAAUAAAUUCCAGACGCGUUGUCUCCAUAUAAGAUAAACGUCCUAGUGAUCGAUUUUCUAAUGCCUAAUAGUUGACACCCUGCUGUCACCUCUAUUGCUAAUGACUACGUACGUCUACGUUUAAAGAUGGCAUGUACUGCGUACUGCGACUAGGACAGUGACGAGCACUAGCACGUCUAACAUAAGUACAAUAAUUAGCCUCAUGCAUGAAGUUUAUAUUUGAACGAAAUAUUUUUUAUUCGGAUGUUUGUUACCGUUAUAUCAUGUUACAAAUGCAUUUCCGUUAUUAAAUUAUCAUUUAAUUGCUUAAAAUAAUAAAUAAAAAGUGCAAAAAUUUGCCCGCGGAAAGCUAGUGAGCGAAACGCGCGAAACGUCACGUGACAUCACGUGUUCGACAGAUUAGUUCACAUAAGUGUCAUUAGUAGCACACGUCAGUUGGACCGUCCAACGUGUGACGUCAUCACGCUGUCGAAUUCGCGCCAAAAAAUUGAGCGUUUCAAACGCUCAAACUUUUUCAACAUUAUAAAUAUUUUUUAAUCAAAUAAUGUGAAGGUUUACAAAAAUAUUUUUAUUUUGUCUGGUGUUCAAACUAUUAUGAAUAUAUAAAUUAUGAUUACAAAAAUAAAAUAUUCAUGCAUGGAGCUAAUUAUGAUUCACAAACACAGAAUAUUCUUUACUUUUGUUUAGACAGAACGAGCAAUUGGCUUUCAUUAUGAGUCACUUCAAGACUACAAGUGUCGUCUAAGAAAAAAUCUUGAAAUAGACUUCUAAGACUCGUGGUAUUACCAACUCUAGGCAUAGAACACGUAGAAGUGGUUUUCUAUCGCAACCUUGAAAUAUUUUCUGUCCGAUGUUUCAUUUUCGAACGCGUUGAUUCUUUCAAAUACGUCAGAUUUAUAAAAGGGUAUAACAAAUCUAACCUAACGGUAACGGUUUCUACGGCUUGCCUUUGCAAGUGUAGAAAAAUAAACUAAUUUGGUUUUUGAAAAAAAAAACGCGUUAUUGCGGAAAACAGGCCACAAAGACGGUUUUGCCUUGUAGCUCCGGGCCGCGAGAUAAAUUUGACGAUGUAGGGAUGGCAAGGUUAUGGAUCACCUGGCGGGCCACCUAAAUUGAGUAUCGCUGGUUCAUUUUUCCAGGUUGCGAUAGGUUACAUGGAGAAGCAUACACUGGCACUCGCUUGCUGUGUACCGAAGCACCUAAUUUUAGUAGAUACCCGUGUAAGGGGCAAUUUUAACGAGUAGGCGAUUUUGAAAUAUUGUAUGUUUAAGUGUUUAGAUACGUCAGGAUGGCAGUCAGUACACGGGCCGAUGCUCUGGGCGACAAAACACCGAUUAGGUGACACUAUCGCUUUUCCAUCAAAUUCAUUCUUUACCAACACGUGUAAAAGGAACGAAUGCCAAUAUGUCAAACAUAAAAGUCUGUGUUGCGAUAAACCUCGAAGCUUGUCCUAUUAAUUCUAUCGCGAGGCCAGAUUUAGACUACCUACUUAUUGUUUAUUUUUUUGUAUUGUGUCUUAUCCUUAUAAGUAUGUGACGUUCCACGGGUAAAGGUACCUUAUGGCGGUUGCCGCUUACGCCGCGUAGCACCGCAAUAAUAGUAUUGGAGCGUCGUUAAUAACAGCGUUAGCUCCGACCGCCGUAAUGUAGGUACCUUUCCCUGUGUAACGUCACAUAUUUCCUGAAACGAGCAGUUUAGCUUAUGACAUUGAAAUGUUUAGGUGCAUGUACUUUUAAUGUUAGAUAGGCGGGUGUUUUCGCAACACAGUUGUCACCUUGUCGCUCAGGGGGCUUUGACAAGUGACAUCGUUUAUAGAAAAUCGAAAACUCUUAGGUUCACACGGCGUUAAUUUUUCCCGUAUUCCGUAUAGGUACGGGAUUUUAUCGAAUACCGUAGUGACAGCAAAAUUUGUAUGGCAACUUCCAAAAUCGUUCACACGGCGUCUAUGCGGGAAAGCCGUCUAGACGUGUGAACGAUUUUGUAAGUUGCCAUACAAAUUUCAUGUUACUACGGUAUUCGAUAAAAUCCCGUAUACGGCAAAAAUUUACGCCGUGUGAACCUAGCCUAAGCCAAUCGAAACUCAAGUCACGUAUGGAAGUCAGCGACGGAAUAUAUGUAGACGAAGCUCUCAGUACAUCUUUGACUUCGAAAAACAGUCCAUAUGACUUAUGUGACACAUAUAGGUAUGUGGUAUAUUUGGAUACGUAAGCGAUAGCGCUUAAAGUUAUUAAACCGCGGGCCAGGCGAAAAUUUCGUCGGUCAUUGCAUUCCGGGCUGUAACUUGUAAAGCGAUGUGUAACUAACCCUCGAGGCAGCAGCUGCCGCUCCGUUUGUGGGUGGAGAAACGGCAGCCACCUAAACACGAAAAAAAAAUUGUAUCGCAUCCCGAUUGAAAGUUUGUCAGGUGAUAGUUUUGAUGCUAUUGUAAAUUUAAAAAAAAUCGCCAGCCGGUUGUAUCGAGGUGGAAAAACCGUCAGCUGGUCACAUGAAUAUGAAAGAACAGGACAUGAUUUUUUUUCAGUCAUCGCAUCCCACUUGAAACAUUUUUUCAGAUGAUAGUUUAUAUGCUAUUGUGAAUAAAUAACAUUGUCAGCACAAAAUACCACCAGCUGAGCAUCUAUCACUUUUAUUUAAAUGUACCAAUUUCAUCUCCAAAGUGGCCUGGUGGCCAACGGACCGGCAGCUGAUGUCCACGAGGGUUCAAUACACAAACACAUCGCCCUUAACCACUUUAAAAGUUUUGAUUGGCUAAAAUAAAAUUAUGACAUGAAUUUUCGUCCAUCUGUCAUCUCAAUACCUACACUUUUCCUUAGAGUGUUUCGAUAAACGAUUGUCGGCUUGGCCGCGGCCCCGGGCCAGCGGCCACCGCUUCUGCUGUGUACGACUUCGGUCACGACUGCUGGGAACGUCUAUCUAGUGAACCAGAGGCCUUCACGUGUUUAGUUGUUCGCCGCGCAACGCGCCGAUACAUAAUCGAUGAUAUUUUAUAAAGAGUUGUUAUUUAUUUAUACAUUAUAUUUGUAUAUAACGGUGCGAAGUCUAAUAAAAUAAGCAC